AGAGACAGCAGCAAAACGGCAGCCGUGGAUACCAACACGCUGCGCAGUUCAGCCACUGUGAAGCCGUCGCCGCAGACGCAGCCAACGACGACAACGACAACGACGACGACGUCGACGCCGCUGCCGCCGCUGACAAUUUGUCAGCCGCCAGCGCCAACGCCUCCUUAUCAGCGGCUGACCAAAGCGUUGCAAUGCGAUCCGAGAUGUGGACACGAGGUGACAAUUGGACGUCGCAUCGGUCUUUACAGAUUCUGCGGCGACAUCGGACGCGGCAACUUCUCCAAAGUGAAGUUGGCCGUGCAUCAGUUGACGCGAGACAAGGUGGCCAUCAAGGUAGUUGACUUGGAUCGGGCUGGACUGGAUGCCAAGGCAUUGCGGAUGCUAUCCAGCGAGAUAGCGACACUCGAGUGUGUUCAUCAUCCCAACAUAUUGAGGCUCUUUGAGGUGGUCGAGACACUGGGACGGGUUUAUCUGGUCACGGAAUGGAUACGCGGAGGCGAGUUAUACAACCACAUCACCCAGGGAGGUCCACUGCGUGAGAUUCAUGCGGCGCCGCUCUUCAAGCAGUUGCUGCUCGCUGUCAAGCACAUGCACAGUCUCGGCUACGUGCAUCGCGACAUUAAGGCAGAGAAUGUCCUUUUGCUCUCCGAGGAUCGUCUUAAACUCGCCGACUUUGGUUUCAGCACACAGCUCAUUAAUGGUGCCAAUCAGAAGCUGGACACAUUUUGUGGCUCGCCGCCUUAUGCGGCUCCGGAGCUGUUCUCCGAUGACCACUACAUUGGAGCACCCGUGGAUGUGUGGGCGCUGGGCAUUCUGCUCUACUUCAUGGUGGUGGGCAACAUGCCAUUUCGUGCUCCGACCAUACCUGGCCUCAAGGCAGCCAUACUCAAGGGCGACUAUCUGCUGCCUGGCCAGCUUAGCUUGCCCUGCAUAAGACUAAUCCAACGCAUCUUGAUCCAUGUGCCCGCCCAGCGGCCCACCAUCGAUGACAUGCUGAACAGCCAGUUUGUCACGCUGCCCAAGCUGAGCGCCGAGCUGAUGCAAUACGAGCUCAAUUUGCACACGAAGCCCGCCAAGCGAACCAUUUUCUGGGUGCGCAAGUCGCAGCGCUUGAGGAAGACUGCGUCGCUAAGGGAACGCUAUGCGGAGGUGGUGAAGAAGCCGGCGAUUAGCAUGAAUACGCGGCAACAGAACGAGAUGUUUGUGCACAGUUUUCUGCAUCCCAUCGAGGUGGGUCAACCACUCGACCAACCGCCGGGCAACGCCAAGGAACUGGAGGCGAAUGGUGGCGACUCCGCCAAACGGUCGGGACCAGGUCGUCGUUACUUGUUCUGCGGCACGCUGAAGAAGAAGAUCACACCCAUCGAAACGGAGCCGGAGAAACAGCUGUCGAAUGGCGGACCGCCAGCAGGCAAAAUUAAUCCGUGGAGCGUUGAAGUCGCAGACGAUUGUCCGCUGUUCAAGAAUUACGAUGCGGAGACGGGCAGCUGUGUCAUGUUGCCCACGAACACCGAUGAUCUCAGUCAGCUGUGUGCGCUGGAGUUUGAGGCACGUCAACUGCUCGCUGAGCUCGGCGUCAGUUCACAAAUGUUGAUCACAGCCACGCCAAGUGGUCCACGAUCUGAUAUUAUUGGCGCCUAUCGCAUUAUUGUGAAUCGACUGCAGAAGCAAUCGUGGCUGGCGCGGAAGCAUGUGGAGAUGGCGUUGCAUCUGGAGCCGAAGCAGGAGAAACGCAUCGAGCGACAAUGUUGCAUCUUGUAGAG